GACAAAACAAUGAGAAAUUCCACCACAGUAACAAACUUUAUUCUUCUUGGAUUAACCAGUGACCCUCAGUGGCAGGUUGUGCUUUUCGUAUUUCUCCUGAUCACCUACGUGCUAAGCGUGACUGGGAACCUGAUCAUUAUCACCCUCACCCUCUCGGAUCCUCAUCUGCAGACGCCCAUGUAUUUCUUCCUUCGGAAUUUCUCGUUUCUGGAAAUAUCAUUUACGUCUGUCUGCAUUCCCAGAUUCCUUGUCACCAUUGUGACGGGAGACAGAACUAUUUCCUACAGCGGCUGUGUUGCUCAAUUGUUUUUUUUCAUCUUCUUGGGGGUGACAGAGUUUUAUCUUCUGGCUGCCAUGUCCUAUGACCGCUAUGUGGCCAUCUGCAAGCCCCUGCACUACACAACCAUCAUGAGCAGCCGAGUCUGUGUCCUUCUUGUGUUCAGCUCAUGGCUUGCAGGGUUCCUGAUCAUCUUCCCACCGAUAAUCUUUCUGCUGCAGUUGGAUUUCUGUGCCUCCAAUGUAAUCGAUCAUUUCAUCUGUGACUCUUCUCCAAUGCUGCAGCUUUCUUGCACAGACACUCGCUUUCUAGAACUCGCAGCAUUUGUUUUAGCAGUGGUAACACUCAUGGUCACCUUGACUUUAGUUAUUCUCUCCUACACAAAUAUCAUCCGGACAAUUCUGAGAAUUCCUUCCACAAGUCAAAGGAAAAAAGCCUUUUCCACGUGUUCCUCCCAUAUGGUAGUCGUGUCCCUCUCUUACGGGAGUUGCAUCUUCAUGUACAUUAAGCCCUCUGCAAGGGAGAGGGUGACGUUAAGCAAAGGAGUAGCUGUGCUCAAUACCUCAGUGGCUCCUCUCUUGAAUCCCUUCAUAUACACACUGAGGAAUCAGCAGGUGAAGCAAGCCUUCAAGAGCAUGGUGCACAGGGUGAUCUUUGCUUUACAGAAAUGA